AUGGCCGAUGAACAACCACUUUUGGACAAAUCAAGAAUUACUGGUCGUGCUGGUGAUGAGAGUAAAAGUAAUGAACAGAAUUCUCCGAAUAACUCGUUCAACUGGCGUCGGUACUUUGGUAGUGAAAAGAAUCGACGAGAAUAUGAAAAAUUGAAGAAUACACAUGACAGUUAUGAACCAGGCACUACUGAUAAGAAAAAUUCUGUAGGCCUUUCCAAAUUGUUCAAAUUUGCAGACGGACUUGAUUAUAUCUUGAUGCUGUUGAGUAUUUGUCUUACUACAAUACAAGUUUAUUGUAUCAUUGCCAAUAUUGUUCUCUUUGGUCAAAUUACUGGAUUUUUUGCAACACAAUCAUUCAUUAUCCAUUGUCAAGCUGAACACGAAGGUUUUAUAGCCGUCACUACUAAUCAAAGCAAUAGUUCCUCCGCGAUUCUCACUAUCCCAUUAAUCUGCGAUCGAUCUUUUAAUUUAGAUUGCCAGAAUGGGACGACGCUUUCGGCAACAACAACAGUGCAAACUUCAGUAUUACAUCUUAUUAGACAAAAAACUAUGGAUACGGUUCAUAAGUUGUUGGUUAUUGGAUUCACUUCAUUUUUAUGCAGUUCACUAGCAAUUUUUGUAUGGUCGAUAACAACGAAACGACAGACCUCGCGUAUGAAUAUUUCACUGUUUCGAUCGCUUAUAACACGUAAUAUGACGUACAUGGAUGCCCAUUCACCAAGUGAACUGACCAGCAAACUAUCUGAUAAUCUACCAAAAAUCGAGUUGGGCAUUGGUAUUGAAUUCUUAUUACUUUUUUGUAUCAUAAUGUGUAUUAUUAAUGGUUUCCUCUUCUCUUUCAUCACUAACUGGGCGUUAUCAUUAGUUCUUUCAUGGCUUUUACCUAUCGCUGUUGGCUCUUCGAUGAUCUUCUCGCGACGCAUCGCCUAUGAAACACAUAAUGAACUAACAACAUACAGUAGAGCAGGACGAAUCGUCCAAGAAGUGUUUAGUUCACUACGAACUGUUCAUUCACUCAAUGGUGGGCAAUUUGAGCAAAAAAGAUAUGAGAGAGAACUUGAUCCAGCUUAUUGGACCACUGUCCGCAAAGGUGUUGUAUAUGGUACUUAUGUAGGUUGGUUUUCUUUAAUCUAUCAUUUGGUUUACGUAUCUGGUUUCAUUAUUGGUUCGGUUCUUAUGACAUCCACAACUGGUCAUGUCACAACUAUUGAUCACAUCCUCGUUAUUGUUAUGUUGUUUGCAGAGUGUAUACAGCUCUUAGGGUACAUUGGUCCCUGCUUUCAAUCAUUUUCGGAAGGUCGCGAAGCAGCAGUGUCUGUAUUUAACCUAAUAGAAAAGGGACAGGAUGCGACUGUCAUCGAGCAUGAUUUAUUAAAUGAGAAUCAGUUUACUGGUGAUACAACACUUGAUUUCAUUGACGACAUCGAAUUUGAUCAUGUUAAUUUUAUGUAUCCAUCGCGAAAAGAAAUAAUGGUUUUGAAUAAUCUUAAUGUGAUAUUUCGCGCUAAUCGAAAGACUGCUCUCGUUGGUCCGAGUGGUUGUGGAAAAAGCACAUGCAUCUCCCUUCUACUUGGUUACUAUGAACCUUCGUCUGGCCGAAUAAAUAUUGGUAGCCGAUCACUUACAGAUCAAGAAGCUAUUGUGUUUAGCAUGAGCAUAUAUGACAAUAUUCGUCUUGGUAAACGUAAUGCAACACGUGACGAAAUCGAAGCAGCAGCAAGAGAAGCUAACGCACACAAAUUUAUAAUGAAAUUACCUGAUAAAUAUGAAACUUCAAUCGGUGAAAGUGGUGUGCAGUUGAGUGGAGGUGAAAAACAACGUAUUGUUUUAGCUCGUGCUUUGGUCAAACAACCCAAAGUGUUGCUAUUAGACGAAGCAACGAGUGCUCUCGAUAAUAUCAAUGAAAAAAUCGUCCAAGAAGCACUAGAUCGAGCGUCGAAAAAUCGUACCACAAUAGUCAUUGCUCAUCGUUUAACCACUAUUCAAAAUGCUGACUAUAUUUAUGUAUUCGAUGAAGGGAGAGUUAUAGAAGAAGGAACACAUAAGACACUAAUGACCAAGCAAGAUGGAAGAUAUCAAUCAAUGGUCAGAACGCAACAAACAAUAAAACGAAAUGAGGAAGAACGAGAUGACUUGUUAAACACAGAAACAAUCAUAGCUGAAAAAGAAAAACAAAUAGUAUUCGAAUCUGGCGCACUAAGUGAAGGUCAAUUUGUUUACAGAAAUCAACGGAAAGAUUUAACAUUAUCGAAUCGAAAGUCUAUCUUUCUAAGACUUCUAGCAAUGAAUGCUUCUGAAUGGGUCACUAUCUUAGUCGGUUGCAUCGCGUGCAUAUUGAUCGGAUUAACUCAACCAAUGUUUGCGCUGAUGUUAACUAAUAUAAUCAAUGCAUUUAAAAAUUGCGGAAGCACAGAUAUUCGCUAUCGGGUAUCCGUAGCAAGUUUACUCUUUAUACUUUUGGGUGUGAUAAGCACGUUUAUAUUCCUGUUCCAAUAUACCGCAUUUGCUAUCGUGGGAUCAAAAUUAGUUCAACGCAUUCGUUCAAAAGCAUUUGCAUGUCUUCUUCGUCAAGAAAUAGCUUAUUUCGACGAAGUAGAGAAUAGUUCAGGAUCUAUAUGUGCACGUUUAGCUUCCAAUGCUACUGCUCUACAAGAUAUGACGGGCACUCGGUUAGGUGCUGUUUGCGAAUCUUUGUCUUUAGUCUGUUGUGGCAUAUUAUUUGGCUUCAUUCUCAGCUGGCGUUUGACAAUCGUACUGUUUGUACCGAUUUUCAUUCUGAGUAUUAUGAUGUACGUGACAAUACAGGCCAAUCGAUUGCUCAGAGCAAAAACGGAUAUAUACUACAAUCGAGCUAAUUCAGUUGCUGUGGAAUUCAUUCAUAACAUGCGUACCAUUAAGCUAUUAUCAGCUGAAAAUGAGGCUUUACGACAGUAUACUGAGCUAAUUCAACAAAUAUUCAAAGCGUCGCUGAAAUCAAGCUUUGUCAAUGCUAUGACAGUCGGUGUAUCUUGGGCAUUAGAUUCGUUCACAAUAGCUAUUCUCUAUUGGCGCACUGUUGUACUUGUAGAAAACAACCAGAUAGCUCUGGACGAUAUUAUCACGGUUUUUGCCUUUGUAACAUUUACGUUACAAAUAAGUAAAAUUUUUGGCAUGCUAUCAACUCGUAUUGGUGCGUCGAUCUCUGCUGCAUAUACCUUUUUCGACUUAUUUGACCGAAUUCCAAAUAUUGACAAUGCCUCUCGGCAAGGCCAAGAACAAAGUAAUUUUUGUGGAAAAAUUGACUUUGAUAAAGUGAAGUUUGCAUAUCCAACUCGACCAACAACUAUUGUUCUUAACAAGUUUCAAUGGAAUAUCAAGCCGGGUCAACGUGUGGCUCUUGUCGGAGCAUCUGGUUGUGGAAAGUCAACUAUUAUCCAGUUAUUACAACGUUUUUAUGACGUUACAGAGGGACAGUUAUUUAUUAAUGGAGUGGAUAUACAAGAACUGAAUAUACAGUGGCUUCGAUCGCAACUUGGUCUUGUGAGUCAAGAACCGUCUUUAUUCGACUUGACCAUCGCAGAGAAUAUUGCAUAUGGAUUAGAGAAUGUUCCCGAGGAAGCGAUUGUCAAUGCUGCAAUCAAAGCCAAUAUCGAUCAAUUGAUUCGACAAUUGCCACAGGGAUACCAGACAAAAGUUGGUGUUAAAGGUACUUUCAUGUCUGGUGGUGAAAAGCAACGUAUUGCUCUUGCACGAGUAUUCCUUCGUCAACCUAAGAUUUUAUUAUUGGAUGAAAUAACAAGUGCUUUGGAUCCACAUAACGAACAAAUCAUUCAACAAGCAAUUAACCAAACGCAGGAGGAUGAUCCUAGUCGAACACUGAUAACAAUUGCACACCGUUUGUCUACUAUUCAUUCAUACGACUCAAUUCAUGUAAUUGAUCAAGGCCGCAUUGUCGAAAGUGGCACCCACACCGAGCUAAUACAAAAGCACGGAAUAUAUUAUGAAAUGCUGUUUUCUACACAAAAUGGCUUUGCAUGA